ACUGCGCAUGCACUAAACGGCUAGGGAAAAUAUGGACGUCGAGAGUGUCUGUGUUCCGCUGAUUGCGGAGUCAGACGUUGAAAAAAACUCAACUAGUGCCAAUAACGUGGCUUCUGUGACAGCUGCAGACAAAGUAAUAAACACUCAAAUAGAUAAUACCCAGGUUGAAGGAGGCAAAAGUGAAGAGGAGCUACUGAAGAGCCUUCUCACUGAUGACUAUUGCCACGUGUGUGAAGCUGUGUUGCUCUUUGAAUCUCAGCGGCUGUCACAUUAUGAGGGAAAGAAACAUGCACAGAAACUCAGGGUGUACCUGCAGGCUGUGAGAGCUGAGAAGUUGAACACACAGUUUGCUGUGUUGCAGCCAACCAUCACCACUGAUAAGGAUCGUUUCUGUGAGCUCUGUAAGAUGGUAUUCAGUUCCCCUGUGGUGGCAAGAUCACACUACGAAGGAAAAGUCCAUGCUAAAAAUCUCGGGAAGAAAGGACUUCAGCCCACAGACAAAUACAAAGAGAAGACUUUACAAAGUCUGACACAGGACUCUGAAAAUGCCGACCAUAAACUAACAGCAGAUGGUGAAAUGGGCCCAACAGCCACUACAACUUCAACUACACCCAGCACAGAAGUUGAUCUCAAGGAUCCCAACAAGUACUGUGCUCUUUGCACUGCUUCCUUCAACAAUCCUCAGAUGGCUUUACAGCACUACAAUGGACGCAAACAUCAGAGGAAUCAAGCCAGACAGGAGCUGCUCAAAGAGCUUGGAGACAAUGUCCAACAAGCAAACUCCUUGAUGUGUUCGAUGUGUAGUGUGCAAUUUAACUCUGUGGAGAUGUACCAGGCCCACAUGCAAGGAAACAAGCACCAGAUAAGGGAGAAGAAGGUUGUUGACCUUUGCAAAUCCCAACAAAAAGCCUACAAGACUUUUGCAGAUGAACUGUCAGAUUACAUUCAGGUUCAGAGGGCUCGUGGAAUCACCCCCAGCACUAACCAGGUCCUUACAGCAGGUGACAAUGUAAAGGAGGAUGAAGAAGAUGAAGUAACAAACAAAGCGGACAUCCUAGCAUUGAACAAGCCAUUCCCCAGCCUUCCUCCCAAUUCGAACCCUCAAUAUCACUCCCGCCCAGGUUUUUAUAACCGAGGUGGAGAGUGGCAUCCUCCAUGUCAGGGCUCUCCAUGGCCCUCCCAUGGCUGGCAGUACAACUGCCCUCCUCCGAGCUUCCCAGGCUCAGAGUCUACAUCAUUUACUAACAAGCCAAUUAAAAGUAGGCGGCACAGAAAACAGUCAAGUUCCUCCUCAUAUAAAAGUUCAUCAUCAUACUCUUCCUCAUAUUCCUCCUCUUAUAGCAGUAGUUCUAGUGAAAAAGAUGAAAGCGAAUACAGGCACAGAGAAAAAAGAAUCAAAAGAUCUAGGAGAGAAAGAGACAGGAGGACAAACAAUGAACACUUCGACAAAGCAGAAAAGAGGAGGAAACAAAAGAGUAAAGAAAGAGGGAAGGAUUCAGAAGAGAGGAGAAGAAGGGAAUCUGGAGAUCGAAAGGAAACAAGAAUAAGAAAAAAGCUGAGGCAGGGCAGAUGUGAAAGGAUAUCCCAGGAGAAGGACUUGGUGGGGGAAGGAGGAGAAAGUGUGACGGACAGAUUAACAUCAGAUGACAUAAUGGACAAUAAAGUGAGAGAAGUGCAUACUGAAGCUAAAAUGACUGUAGAGCAGGGAAAUGGACAAUACGAGCCAGCUAAACCUAAAAACAAGAAAGAGAAGAAGAAAACAAAGGAGAAAGUAGACAAUAGGACAGAGGAUGAGAAGCUGUGGGACGACUCCAUCCUGGGCUGUUAAACUCAAAGGACCAGAUUGACAGCUGACAUGCUGGCAAACUGGUGUGAAAAAUCUCCAUCACCUGUAUAAUAAACAUUAGUUUCAAAUAUCUGCUCCAACAGCACUAGAGUGCUGUUCCUAAUAGGUUGCUAGCUGGCUAGCUGUGAAAUCCUGUUGUGUAUUUGAAGAAUGAACAGAUUAUUAUUUAUUUUUUUAGGUUCUAACAAAUAUCCACAACUGUUGUAGCUUUUUUUCACUUUGAGACUUAAUGUUGAUUGUAUUUGUUUGCAAUUGUUUCCACAUCAUUUAAAAACAUCAAGAUGAUCUUCUUUGCUUCCAGCAAAUAUGUCAGAAGGGUGAUCCCUUUAGCAUCCUGUGGUUGGCAGUGUUGAGCUUCACUAAGAGUCUCAGUAUUUCAUAUAAAAGCCAAUAGAAUAUACUGGUGUAGUUAUAAUGUUCCUUUAGACGUACUUUCACACUUAGGCUGCAAGAAAGCCAUAAGAGGGGGUUCAGGGAACACUGGAUUUCUGUUGCACGUUGACACUAUUUUUCAAAAUAGACUGUUCCUAGACAGUAAUCUAUUUUAAAGUGCAUUUUCUGUUUGUUUGUUUGUUUUUUGUAUAAAUUUGCACAAUCAAACAUCACAUAAAAUGUUUGAGGUCAAACAGGUGCAGAAGUUUAAAUGAGGGCAGCUCUCAAGCGUUAUAAUCCAUGUUAAGAUGCAUGCACUCAAUGGCUAGAUAAGGAAUUAAAGUGAAUAUGAUAUGACAGUUUCCAACCACCCUGUUGGCUCACAAGGAUGUAUCUUUAAAAUAUAGUUUCUUUCAGCCACAAACUGUGACAGAUAGUAUAAAUCAAGCCUUUGUCAAAUCUGUUUAGCACUUUACUCUCCUUUACUAAUUUGGGUUUUUGGGUUUUAUUUUCUUGUAAUUGCAAUGCUCUGCAGGCCACAUUUCAGAUUGCUGGAUAUUUUUUUCAAAUUUGUUGCAUUGUUUAUGAAUAACAUAUCUUCAAACUUUAAAAAAGUUCCUGUUUUUUCUGUUUUACCUUUUAUUUAUGAAAUGUACAGUAUUUGAACAAACUGGUAAUUCUUUUGGUAUUAUCUGUACAUCGGAUAUUUGAUUGUAAUAUUUCUCUUGGAGUAGUGUCUGUUGACAUGCUUUUCAAAACAGGAGAAUUCGGGUAUCGAAAGAAACUUUUCAUUUUAUUCAUUUCAUGUCAGGUGUAGUAAGGGUUUGUGUAAUUAUUUACAGGGAUGCAAUGUAGAUCAACCAUUAGGAUGCACAUGGUCACAGUAGCAAGGAUUAACUUUCACCUAGAAACACACAGAAAUCCAGAGCAGAUCCAAAAUUAGUGAACAGCCAUCUACUGCAAAUUGAUGGAGUUGAGAAGCAGAAAGUUGGACGGAAAAAACUUGCACAGACAAGGCUCAGAAUUAACAGAUGAUAAAACUUCAGCAAUAUUAACUGUAACUGGAAAAUAAGAGUGAUGUCAAAAAUCUAUAUUAGAGAUAAUUUAAGUAUGACUGGUGAUAAUGGUAGUAGCAGGCCAGCAACAACAAACCACAGUGAUGAAUGAAAGGAGCACUAUAGUACAUUUUAAAAGUAUGAUCCAUCUUUCUUGUGUGUAUGAAGUUCAUAGUUUUGGAAAACACAACUUGCCAUCUGAACUUUUUCAAGCCCUUGUAUUGAUAGUGAAGGAAAAUAGCACAGCCAGAUGUUACCAGUUUACAUUGUUAUCCUCAGAAAGCUGCAAGACUUAAAAGACUUUCAGAUCCGUUUAACCUACAUUGAAGUUAAAAGCCCUGUGCAUCUCAAAAAGGGGACCUUUUACAUCUUUAAGGGUCAUGACAAGUAUGUUAAGUUGACUGGGGUUGAGAGGUGGCUCUGAGCAUUUCAAAAUUAGUGAUGUGGACAGGAAGUUAGUGUCUUGUGUUGAAAUGUUUUACCUUAUAAGAACUGCCUGAUAGAAGUAAUAGAGAAAUGAAACAAGUUUCAAACUUCUCAGCAGACAUUUCUUUACUUUAAACGUCAGAGAUAGUCAACAAAGGCCGUAUAGCUCAGCUAGAACAGCUCUGAAGCCCCCUGUCUCCUGUUUUCAAAGAAUCCUGUGGUCUCGUUCCCUGUGCUCUCGAGUUGUCGACCCCCGUAGAGCUUUACGGUGCCCACAUCCUCUCACUUUAAGACCCUUGUUAGGCAGUUCUCCUCUCUUAACUUCAUAAACUAAAAACUAUCUAGACACUACUCUGAAGAUAUAAGACCGUACACAUUUAAAAGUCAAGUUUGAGUGUUGGAGUUGAUCAGACUAUUCAGCAUUAAGUUAUGUCACGGUGGCUGACCUAAAGUAAUCCAGUCAUGGGACAUGCUACGGUUAAUUUGAAAUGAAAUACCUCGAUAUGAACUGUAGUUAGACUUUUCAGUUUAAGAAGCAGUGCAACUUCAAGCACAUUUAAUGCAAUAUCACUUCAGACUUCCUUUUGAAUAUCUACGGUAUGUAAUACACCGAACAUACGUACACAAUUUUUUUAAUAAUGUGUAAUCUUUUACUUUUUCGAAGCACCUUUCUAGAGGUAGGAUACAAGGUGCUUUGACAUAUUUAAAACAACAAAACAGAACAGAACCAGAAUAUUAGAAUAGAAUAUAAUCAAAUACAAUAAAUCUUUAUUGUCCUCCAGUAGCUUCCUUAGGUUCUCCAGAUACAUAUUGCAGGAUAAAAAUCACUCAGGCAACCAAUAAGACAGUUACACAUUAAAAACUAUAAAUCACUUCAUAUUUUUUUUUGUUUGAUCGUAGAUAUCAUUUUGCAAGGUCAGGAAUUUUUACCCCACAUCAGAUAGAAAGUGCAAAAACAAAAUUGUAAAGAUGUUAAAACCCCACAAAUCAAGCAGUGGGAGAUGUAAUUCAAGUGAUAAAGUAAUGACAUAAAUCUCAACCGCAAAGUAAGAUCAUCUAAAAGCCAAGUCAAAAAGUAGCUAUUGACAUUAUUUAGAAUGAGGAACCGAAUCAGAAAAUCCCACGGUACGGGAAGUCUGCAUUGCCAAAACUGCAAGAGAUCCUGCUUUAUGUGCAAAGAAGCAGUCACCUUUUAGUAUCAGCCUUUUAUUAAAGCUGUCAUUGUUGAAGUCAUUCAUCUAGCAAAAAUGCUAUUUGUUGUUCUUUAAGUUAUACUGAUAUUUGACUAACAGAAUUCCCUUGAUACAAUCCCUUAGUCUCUUGUAAAUCCUGUUUUGGGGACAGUAUUUUCUUCAUGAUUCAUCAAUCAAUGGAUGAAUUUCUUAAAGCCAAAAACAUUUAACAGUCGCAGCCCUGAUUGACUCUUUACCUAGAUACGGUUUCUGUAAAGGUGAACCCUUGCUGUCUCCAUUGACCCUGUACCUUCCCAGUGAAAUUUAACAAACAUGUUGCUCAUAACACCGCCACAGCGAUGCCACUUCAUUUAGUUUGUAAAAAAAACUGUCUUUGGCAUUAUAAAGUAGUAUGAGCAGAUAACAUCUACAUUUAUGAUUUUGUUUGUGUAAAUGGCAAGACAUGGAUGGAUAGAGUCAAAGAACAGAAUUUCAGGUCGCAUUUUCCUUUUAAAAUAUAAGCUGAAUGGAAGCUGAACCACAUCACUUCAAAACAUGCACUGUU